AGGGGCAGAAAGGACAGGACUCUGCCUGGACACUCUGUGGAAGCAUUGAGGACCAGUCAUAAAGAGUGAAGAAAGAUGAUGCUGAUGCUGAUAUUCUUCCUUUUCACCCUUCCGGUGACUGUCACUGCUGAGGACAACGGUCAACAGCGAGGGUCCUCAUUUUCUGGAGAAUAUGGAAGUGGAGGGGGAACUAGCUUUUCACUCUCAGGGGAGCACAGAAGAGGCAGGAUAACUGGAUUUCGAAUCUAUGAACAAAGCAGUGGGAUCAUCCAUGGCAUUCAGUUCCAGUAUUCCCACACCUGGAGCGAACUACAUGGCUGCAAGUCAGGACUGAGCCACGAGGUUCUCCUCAAGAAGAAUGAGAUGAUCGUUCAAGUCCUAGGCAAAUACUACUCCUACUACAUCCAGCAACUGAUAUUCAUCACCAACUAUCACCGUCUCUUCACUUUUGGGCAGCCAGCAGGCAAUUCCUUUAACGCUACUCCCCACUUCCGAGGAGCCUUCCUAAGCUACAUCAGUGGGCACCACAAUAAUUAUGGUCUCACUGGCAUCGGCUUUCACUGGGAUGAGCCCAAGCUCACCAAGGCCUGAGAGUCAGACAGGGCACAGGGAGGGAGGGGAAAGGCUCGAUAUUCCCUGAGCCUAGCAGAGUCAUGGGAAUUUGGGGUGGGUGACAAAAUAUAUAUGCGACAAAAUUAGCAGGAUACCCUUUGGGGAGAGGAAAGGAGUUCCAUAUGGGGAUUAGAGGCAGAGAAAGGACUAGGGAAGCAACAGGAAAGGGACCUGAGGGUAAAUGGGGAGUCCAGAAGGGAGGGAAUGGGAAGGUGAAGGGGGGGUAUGGGAACAGGGUGGAGAGAUAAGGAGAGGAGAAAGAGGGUGGAAAGGAGGGGAAAGGAAGGAGGGAAGGGAAGAGAGAAAACAAGAGGAAGGCAGGAUCCUGCAUUCAGUGAGAAGGAGAUCCUCUUCUAGCCUUUGGAAGGACACAGAUAAAACAGGAUUCACACUUUGCUGAUGGGAAGAGACAGGUGUUCUCUAGGGGGUGGAGCUUGCAGAUAAGACUGACCUCUUCUUCUCAGCUAAAGCCCUGAGAUACCAAACACUUUACCCCUCCCCAUUAUCCUGCAGCCAAAAAAAAAGUUUAACACAAUUGUAUCUGUAAUAAAUGGUUUUUCUUGGUUGUAUCAUA